AUGGGUAUGGGAAUGAUGGGAGGAGGUAUGAUGGGGGGAGGCAUGAUGGGCGGCGGCUGGGGCCCACCACCUGUCGAAGUGCUCGUCGAUUCCACGGGGGUAUGGGAUACGGCGGGGGCUGGGGAGGCCCAAUGGGCGGUGGAUAUGGUUACAGUUCAGGCUUCGGUGGCCGAAGACCUGGUGGCUUUGGACCAGGGGGUGGAUUUGGAGGCGGACGACGUGGCGGGGGACGCCGGUGUUGACGAAGUUGUAAUAUUCCACUUGGACCUCAUUGCCAAUCGCAAGCCUCCCAAUAAUGGGUCCAGUGAAGUCAAUCGGUCAUCACUGCCGUACCAACAGCCAGUAAACAUUUCCAGCAUCCCUCAAUAUCUUUAA